AUGGAUGCCGGCAUCAUCGCAGCAUUUAAGCGGCGGUAUCGCCGCUACCAUCUGCAAAACAAGAUUGAUUGUGACGAGCGUGGGGAAGCCGGAAACAUAUACAAAGUCGACCAAAUUACUGCCAUGCGCUGGUCGGUGGCUGCCUGGAACGAGAUCUCUGACAAUACCAUUGCCAACUGCUUUAAUCACACGAGGCUGUUAUCAGAUCUUCCCGACAUUUCAACUGCUGUAGAUGUAAAGAGAAAAGGGAUGGCGCGAAGGAGCUUGAAAAUGCAGAACUUGAGCUGGAGCAGGAGCUGA